AUGGGCAAAGAUGCAGACAACAUCCCAGAUGGCUCCUCUAACGGGCUCAGAAACACGAAGUACUCAGGUCCAGCCACCAAGGCUGAGCAGCUCCCCGCUGACCGUUCCUUGUCCGCCACCGCCUCCUACACUUCGACAUCGAAUAUGCCCCGACCUGCUGGAUGCACUUCGCCUAAAUGGGUUCUCAAGGAGGACCGUCAUCACGAGUCUCGACCUUCCGAUUCAGGCUACCAUUCGUCGCCGGAGACGCGUGUCGAGGCGCCCCAACAGGCCAGGCAAGUACCGGAUAAAGAGUGCACCCCACCACCGAGCGAUCCUCAUUGUGCUGGGGCUGAAGACACCGAGAACCUGGUUGCGAUACCUCCCUGCACUAGUGAAGCCGAAGUCGACGCGCUGCUCAACGCUAGUCCUUAUCCUCCGGUCACAAAAGAAUCUCUUGGGGAGCUGGAGCUCACUUACAUUCAAUCGAACGUUACCCUGCGCAUCGAUAUCAACUACGACCAUGACCUCCACUUCACCCCGAUCUCCGGUGGCAAGGGCGAACAGAAGAAGAGGGAUGCAAGGCGGUAUUGGCAUAGUCUCGAGGUUGAACUGAGGAUAGUCUAUCAGCAUAGCUUGUUGGUCUCGUGUGCAAAAUGCGAUGAGAGACGUUCUCCCAGCUCGGAUAAACGUGUCCUUGAGGGAAGGCCACCUUCGUUUAGGCGGAGGCUGCCGGCCUUGUUCCAGAAAUUGCAAGAAUUGCUCGUCAUUCUGGUGCCCGAGAAGGAUCAAGAUCAGAUCAGUCAGUAUCUUGACGUAUCUCUGCUGUUGCAAGAGGUGUCUCAUGGUCUUCUAGACAUUGUUCGUCUGGCUCGAUGGCUCGAUGGUCUGCUCACCAGCCACUGCGCACCAAUGCGAGAUGUAUCGGCUCAUGAGAUGGCUGAAAUGAUCAGGCAAGGCGCCGAGAAUGGAGACAUUCACAUCCUUGUCGCUGGGAUCGAGACGCUCUUCCAGAUCCUCGAGGCUAUGAAGCUGGAUGUUGCUAACCAUCAGAUCAGAAGCUUUCGUUAUCUCUUGAUCGAUGAUACCGUCGCCUUUCAGCAAGAGUUCUUCAGAUCCAGGAUCGGCCACGGCAAUCUCGAAGCACAGGCGUCGCGGAAGUGGUACGACCUUGCGGUCGCAAAACACCAACAGUGUCACAUCGACCGCCAGACUCCAAGAUCAAUGCCUCUAGCUGUUCUAGUCGACGGUAUGCUUGAACUCUGUCUCUGGCCGGAUCCGAAGCUUCCGGCAACCCUUGCUUAUGACCAAAAGCGCCUGAAGGAGUUACGCGGCGACAUUCAAGACUUUGUCCACCUGGAUAUGUGUCUCUUGGUGUUCAACCAGCUGGUCCGUGAGCUCUCUGGUCCUGAGAGCCAGAGCAUGUUGGAGAGACAGGUCGCGGAGAUGCAUUUUCUUCUGCGAAACAGAAUCAUGGAUAUUACCGACGGCAAUCCGGAAGAAGUUUCGCAGAUCUGGCUACAACACACAGAAGCCAUUGCGGUUGAGCUCAGCCGUGCCGCAUCGCUUGUCCACCUGGGCCGUGCCGUGCCAAUUCCUUCUACCACGGUUGCGAAGACGACGUGGCUCUUGCAACAAAUGUUCGUAAACGAGCAUCAGCACCACCGCCGUGCACGACAGUUAGUCCGUGCGAUUGAACAGGAAGCACAUACACACGCAAUCAGAUUCCAAAACAUGACGACACUGGAGAUAUCCCAUGCACAGAAACACUGGCAACAGGUCCGCGCACAAGGAUGUCGAUGGCGACUCUUGCCCGAAAUAGAUGACAUAGCCAGGCGACUGGCGCACAUUGCAUCAAUUCACUGGAGAGUCUGGGCGGAGUUGGUUUACUCGGAUCCGGAAGACGGGCUGGAACUUGGCGUUGACGAUACGGCGAGCAUUUCGGGCGACGAGGCUCAGAAAAUGACGGACGAUCCAAUUGAGUUUGUACAACACAACCUACAAGAUACCCCUUGCCGAUGA